AUGGCGCUUUUCACCACCGCGCGUGACAAUAAGAGCGAGCCGUUGGCCCUUGUCCAAGCGGGCGAGAAAUCUGCGCGACCGUUCUGGAAUCGAAAUACACGACAAAUCACACACACGGCGUCGCCUGAAAAGAACUCUAGCUUGAAAAGCAAAGUGCGUUCUGCGAAGAGAAACUCCAUUCUCGCACACGCAUCGUUUUAUGCAGACCCACCCGGGACCGCCGCUUGGCGGGAAAAUUUGCUAGAACGCUUGAAUCGACGGAGCAUUAGGUCACGAGCAGUCUCAAAAGACGAUGCUCCGGAGGAGGAAAGACCAAGAGGGCGCGCACCUAUUCCCGAAAAGAUGCCACCACGAAGGAGUCGUUCGUUUUCUCGGACACGGCAAGACUUGGAACGGCUGGCGGAUGGCACGGCUUCCGAUGCGGGCUCUUCAGCAACUGCCGAACCGAGCUCAUGUUCCGCGGCUCACAUGUCGCACUUCUUUUGCUCAGCGAU